AUGUUCCAAACUAAUUCAAGAUGCGACUUUAUCCAACUCUCACACAUUUUUUAAUGUACUAGUGUAUGCGGUAUCGCGAAACCUUUGUCUUCAUCGAUAUUCUUUGAUCGUGUGAUUUUGCACACGGCAUCAUCAUUUAAAGAUAAGGCGAUUUAUGGCUAUGGAACGAGCAUUCCCCCGAAUAACAACGAGGACGAGGAAAAUGAGAUGUCACCACGGAAGGUCAUCUUCUGCGUCCAUGGAAAAUUGUCAGGUUGUUGUACGGUUGUGAAAAGCUCUGGCGACGAAAAUACAGCUGCGGACUAUCAACAAAAUCCAUUAUCUCCAGAAGAUCAUUGUCACAGGGAGAGGAAUGAAGAGAUCGACAAGAAAGCCCGAAAGAAGUUGUUGAUCGCCAGUGCGCUCUGCGUUAUUUUUAUGAUAGCAGAAAUCGUCGGCGGAGUAUUAUCGAAUAGUUUGGCGAUAGCAACUGAUGCCGCGCAUUUGUUGACUGACUUUGCGUCUUUUAUGAUAUCUCUUUUUUCCAUCUGGGUCGCCAAUAGACCAGCCACUAGAAAAAUGCCUUUUGGUUGGUAUCGAGCGGAGGUUAUCGGGGCAUUGACUUCGGUUUUAUUAAUAUGGGUAGUUACCGGCAUUUUAUUCUACCUCGCGAUAGAAAGAAUUGUCCAUAAGGACUUCGAAUUGGAUGCAACGGUGAUGUUGAUUACGUCUGCAGUUGGUGUUGCGGUAAAUCUAGUAAUGGGCCUGUCGUUGCAUCAGCAUGGCCACAGUCACGGCGGACACAGUCACGGUGGACACAAUCACGAUAAUGUGGAAAAUGGGCAUGAUGAUGAUCUCAAAGGCGACCAAUCAAAAAAGAAUAUCAAUGUGCGCGCCGCAUUCAUUCAUGUUUUGGGUGAUUUUAUUCAGAGCGUGGGAGUAUUCAUCGCCGCAUUAGUCAUUUAUUUUAAGCCAAGUUGGAGCUUGGUGGAUCCAAUAUGUACAUUCCUCUUCUCCAUAUUAGUUAUUCUCACUACAGUGGCGAUUAUUAAAGAUGUAAUUAAUGUGUUGAUGGAAGGUAUUCCUAAGGGUUUUGACUAUUCGCACGUGGAGAAUACCUUUAUGCAAAUAGAUGGAGUCGUUAAAGUACACAAUCUUAGAAUCUGGGCGCUUUCACUCGACAAGACUGCUCUGUCAGCGCAUCUCGCUAUAAACUAUCGCUUUCUCGAGCAAGUUGGCAGAUCAAUUGAUACAAAGAAGAGAAAUCCAGAGAUAAAAUACACCCGUCAAGCUAUUCUACCAGUGCACCUACAUAAAUUGAGAUGCGCUGCGUCCUAUAGAAAAGUGUCACUGUUAUAUAUGCCACAAGUUUUCAGUCGGCACAAGAAGAACACUACGUACCUUAACUGGAAGACCAACGAGCUAUUCUGGCGUCUAGAAUGGAUUUUUCCACAAGCUGAAAACAUAAAGUACACAAUAGAGAGAGCCCUAGACAGAAUAAGAUUAUCAACAUUGGUGGAACAGGUUUUAGAUCCAGUCUCUGCAACAGAUGAGACUGACAUAGAAAAUUUGAAUACAAAACUAUUUUUAGCUGAUAAAUUACAAUUUUACAGAGCAGCUGGGUUAACUAAUAUCAAAGUUCUUUUAAAAGCUGAGAAAAUAAAGAAGGCACAGCUCAGAUUUUAUGAUUUGGAUCUUACGCUUACGUUGCAAGAAAAUUUGGAGAAUAAGACUAUAGUUGAGUUUCCGACAUUGCAUGUUGUUAUGAAAGAUCACUCGAAUAUGUACGAUAUUAUAGAUACUGAUGAAGAAAUGAGUGAUACAGAGUGUACAAAUUAUGGAGAAAAGAAAAGAUACAACAAUAACAGGCCCGAUGAUAACAAAAAAGAUGAACCAGUAAACUAUUUCUUCAAUGAUUUUUCGGAUUCUGAUGAUGAGAAUACAGACAAUAAAGUAAAAAAGAAGAAAGGAUCGCUUAAUAUACCAAAUUACGAAGAGUUAAUAAAAAUGUAAAAAUUAUGUCCAUUAUUAUAAAUAUUGACUUAUAUAUGGAUAUUUUUAUUGUAAAUACAUUAUAGUUUUAAUACAGAUGAAAUACAAAUGUAGCAACAUUAAUGACGUGUAUGAUCGUCUAUAAUACAUUUUUUUCUUAAUUGGUUCCUUUUCCACAUAUACUGAUGAUACAUAUAUCUGCACACCACCCAAAAAUACAACUGCACUCAAAUAAUAUAUAUCUUUUUAAAUUUAUACUAACUCAGGACUCUCUUUACAGAGGAACUUUACAAAAUGUAUAAUUCAACAAAGAUAUAAAUACAAUCCAUAAGUACAAGGAAUGAUAAAUACAAUUUUUUAUCAGUGAAAA